AUUUUUUUUUUCCGUGGUGUAUACAUUUUUAAGAAUCGUUUUGAAACCAAAUUAUGUGGAAAAGUCUGAAGAAACUUAAAAAAAGAACACAAUUCGAAAUGGUUUUAGGCUUUUUAGUCGAUUUUGAAUAAUGUAGCCACUACAAAAAUAUGGUAAACGUACACAAGCUGUCAAAUAUCUAUCGUUACGAAUUUACAAAAUACGAAGUUCAAAUUUCACAUAACGUCGAGGGAAAACUUUUUGUUUUCUCACAUGUUUAUAAUUUCGUAAGUGGUGAUAAUUUAAUCAUGACUGUUACACUGUCGCAACUGAAAACAAUAAAAACUGUUAAUACUGCCUCUAACAUCGAGGGGCGAAUAUUUUAUCCAAAGUUAAUACUUUUUGAAAAUAACACCUGUGUUCGUAUCGUGGAUCUAAUUGCAAACAAUGAAGAUAUUCAAGACGAAAGUAAUGCCUAUCAUUUUAGUCAAGAUAUUGCAGAUAAACUUCUGCUGGAAAACUUUAUGUGGAUAGUGUUAAAGUCUGGUGAUAUAAUGGCAAUAGAUGUUUUAAAAGGUCUACAACUUAAAAUCACUAACGACACCAAUACCUGUCUCAAACUUCGUCAAAUUGCAAGAUAUAAGGAUCGUUUGUAUUUUACUAGUGAAAGUGGAGACUCCUUUGAGAUACCUAUUCAUACUAAUGAAUUAAAAGACUUAUUGGGUAAGAGUACAGAUCAAGUUUCUGUCCCUUUCAAGAAGACACACAAGUCUCAAUAUAUUUUUAAAGAAAAAGAUAAUAUUUCUGCAUGUGGAAUGAAAAUUUACAUAGAAGAUAGAUUUUUAAAGGUGAAAUGUCCAGUAUCUGGCUUGACUGAAGUCAUAUCAGCUGAAAGCCAUUUUAAAAAUAUUGAAUCAUUGAGGGAACUAGUGAUUCUUUCUAAUGAUACUAAUAUGUGGAUUGUUGAUUUGAAGGAAUCUGAAAUAGUUCAUGAAUUUGAGUCAACAGAAGCAAAAUAUUAUCCAGUUUUGACCUACAAUGACUUGUUCUAUUACUUACUGUGGAAUAAAGAAGAGGUGCAGAUCUUCUGUGCUGGAUUUUCACAAUCAUCAAUUAAACAAUCAGGUAAUGAUCAUUCUUCAAGUUUUGAUCAAACUCUGACACCUCAAGACACCCUUAAAACACAAUUGAAGGCUAUCAUUGAUGCAGUAUCAGCUACUUCUAAACCUGGGAGUGUUUUACCACAGAUACAACCAUUGUUUGAAUCCAUUGAUGAUUUCAAGUUUCUUAUUGAAUUUAUACAAAUACUUUGCCAAUAUAGCAUCAACUAUAAAACAUUGUUAUAUCCACUUCAAAAAAGAAUAUCUUUAACCAAUGAUAAUGACCUUAUCAACAUGGUCAGUGAUUUGUCAAUUAAAAUAGAUUUGAUUGAGUAUAUCCAUUUCACUGGUAAUAAUUCAUAUGAAAAUGUAAAUUUAUUUGAGCAGAACUUCAAAGACCUAUGCAUUACAUUCAUACAAAAGCUUGACUUUGAUAUAGCAUCCAUUUGUUGGUUAAAGUAUUCUCAACUGAAGCUGGUAGUUAGUUCUGAUGAUGUAGUGAAUAUACUGAAUGCUAUAAGCAGCAGCACAAAAUUGGCUUCAAUAAUAAUUUGGCUGAAAAACUUUACACCUUCUCUGUUAGAACAGAAUCCAUUUUACAUUGAUUUAUUUGUUAGGUGGGCCAGUGAAAGGGUUUUUAUGUUAGAGCAGUCUGCUUUUUGGCCAAAAAUAGGUUUAAAGUUUGCAGAAGAAAUCAUAGUAAUCUUGGAAACUUCACUGAAGUCAAUUUCUUUGAGACCCUUGUCAUUAGAUGAUCUUGAUUUGCUUAAAACUAGAAUAACAUAUAUAAUGGAACUGAAAGACAAUUAUAAAAUUAAUAUGUUACUAAGUGAAUUAAGCUCUCUGGGUUCUAAUGAAGUUGCUUUGAUUAUGUUACGCCGCUGUUACACCGAAGAUCUACAAGGAUUUUUGCAGAACUACCUGCCAUCUUAUGCUAUGCAGCAUAUGUUUGAUUUGGAUGAAAUUCUAAGUUCCUACAUUGAAAGUGAAGCAGCCAGUAGCGGGGGAGGCAUAGAUGGGAUCCGCUUGGCAAUGCUGCUAAAAUCUUUUCAUUCUUACAACUGUAAGCUUGAAUGUUUACUUCAAGUUUUGAAAGUUUUAGAUGUUCCUUGGAACCCAUCUGUACUUGAAUUAGCUAUUGCCACUGUCGCGGACACUACGAAAAAUUUUACUAUUUCUGAUUCUGAGAGACUGCUUUCUACUGAAAUACAAAAGGAAAUCAAUUACGCUAAUGUUAAAGUAGUACUAAAAAAAUACAAUUUCCCAAUGAACUGUACUGAUUACAUGUUAGUACUACAUAAAAUAAUCGGCGCACCUGUUAUUGAAUUGAAUGAUUUAAAAAUAAUUACUAGUGUUAUGCCUAUUUAUACAAAUUAUGGAAAUGCCUUAUACAUAGAAAGAUGCCUCAAAGACAGUGAAACAAGAACAGCUUUGAAUUAUUUCAACAAUUUGUCAUUUAAGGAAAAAUCACUAUUGCUGAAGGCAGUAGUAGCAAAGUAUGACCAAAUAAUUUGUGAACCCACAAGUAACUUGGUCAUUGAAAGAAAUUACAUUGAUUUCAUAAAAGGAACACAGCUUGUCCAUGAAAUUGAAAUGAAUAAUUUAAUAACGAGGUAUAAUUACAAGAACUCCUACAAUUUAUUACUAAGCAUGAAUGAUAUGUAUAAUGAAAAUGCGUGCGAAAAUGCAGUUAACACUUGGAUAUCAGAAGCUGGUGCUUCUGCGAGUUCUGGACGUGGAGGAAGUGUUAUUCAACUCAAGCAUGCAUGUAAGUCCCAACAUUCAGUACUCAUGUCUCUAUUACGAAGCACAUCUACAUGUCACCAGGUACGCAAACUUGUUGAAUGUCUCAUAAGAUCCUUCUGUACCAAAGAUGUAUCAGUUGAUGAUUUCAUUGCAGUUCUAUUACAAUUUCAAUUUGGCGAAAAUUGCAGUCUAUUAUUGAAUUCUUAUGAUGUUCUCAUAGAACUAGCCGCUAAUUGCAGUGAAGAAUAUCUUCAUAGUUUACUGAAACAACUAUCCCUAUUGAACAGCCUUAUAAACGCCAGUAUAAUUGUUAAGAAUUUGUCAAUAGCUUGGAAGUUUCAUUACAUAUUUUUACCGAUUGCAUCAAGUACUGCUGUUAAUGAUAUCAUACAGUUCUACAAAAUUCUCGAAUAUCCAAGAAAAAUUGACAGUAAUUUGACGAACAUUCACAGUAAAUGCGAUUUUACAGCCCUAAGAAUGAUCUCGAACUUCUUAGUUGAUUCUGAAUACAAUAAACCGACUUUUCAAGAAGAUAUGUCUGAGAUAGCAAGAAGGCUAUUAGCAAAAGUUGUUGCUAAUCAAGAACUGGAUGAAGUAUUGAUGACAAAUCUACUGCUUAUAAUGAGAAUUUAUGAAGAAGAUAACAUUUGCGUUCUCGAAGCGCUAAGAGGACAAAAUGAAUGUUUAUCUCCUAAUAUACUCGGCUAUCUCUCAUUACCGCCAAUUCGAAGAACAUUUGUUUUCGAUAACGACUCUUUAAGUAAAGAAAUAGGAAAUUCUGUGUCUUAUCCUCCCCAGUAUAUACUCAAAUCCAAAUUCAACAUCAACUUGGCAGAUGUUGCAUUACCUGAGAAUAGUGAAGAAACUUGGGACGUUAAGGUUAUUUUGUUCUUUGUGUUGUUACAAUAUCCAGAUACUUGUUUCGAACGGCUUGCAGAACUAUGUAGAGUCUUAAAUAUUUCGACUAACGACGGCUUAUCGCUUCAAUUAAUUGCUUUGCUAUCGACGUGGGAAUUGAAAUAUAAAAUAUAUACUGAUGAAUUGGGUCACCGGCAAAUUAUUUUUGAUAAUGACGAAAAAUGUCUAAACAAAUGUUUUAUAAUAUGGGAUAGUAUAGAAAACCGAGAGUUUUUAAAAGAUAUUUUAAACGAUUUUUGGAAAAAUGGUGAAGUAUCCUUACAUGGUCGUACAGUGUCCAUUAAUCCCUAUUACUACGAAGUCUUUCUAUGUGUAUACCGUUUAAUUUUUGGUACAACUAUUGAAGUCAGAAAUACAAAAGAAUACUUCUUGUUACAUUUUCUUAAAGAAUACAAACGUAAAAGCACUCCCAAACAAUAUGAAUACGAACUAUUUUCCGUAAAGGGAAUGUUUCCUGAAAUUGGACAUUUCAGAUUACCUUUUCAUCUGUUUAUGAGGGAAGAUAUGUGGUCAAACUUAAAGUCGGAAAUAACUCUAGAGACUUAUGAACGUUGGAUUCCUGCUGUUGCUUUACUUGCUUUGGAUUCAGAUUCGCAAACCGCAAGAGAUAUGAUCUGCAGUAACGCAGUAAAACAAACAAUGACCUCACGAAAGCGCAAUGAUGAUGCUGAUUCGGAUACCAAAAAUGAGCCAUGGCGCCUAACAAGUCAAGAAGAACCUCUCCUUCGCGCUGCACAUAGAUGUGUCAGACAUAUUGCUAAUAUGGAAUGGGCUGGAGCGUGUUUAUUUUAUGUGCUCCAAGGAUGCGCCCGUGGUGCAGACCAAGUAGCUGCAGCUCAUUUGUGCUACCAAUUUGCCCAACGCUGGGCGGCGCUUCAACCAGGUAAUCGGGCAGUACGGCAAAUGGAACGUCUGCAUGCAACAUUAUCUACACGUCACGCUUUAUACAAAAUUGAUUGGGCUUGCGAAGAACUCGUCCGACUUUCUACAGAGCCAGCUCAACUAAUUCGAUCAAUGUACUUACAUCCAGACUUUGUAUCUAAAAUGAAUAGACAUGAUGUAAAUCGCGCUGUGAAUGAAAUAGCAGAUAAGAAUGGAAUAAAUGUCAGUUCAAUAAGAAUUCAAAUAUUAGAAAGUAUCCUCGAUAAAUCAAAAGCAGACAACAGAAAUAUUACUGUUUUGAAUAUUAAAGAAUUAAUGACAGCAAAGUAUAUUUUAAAAGCAACUUGUCCGAAGAUGGGAGCCAUAUAUUUAUCGCGCAUUGCAUUUGAUGAUGAAAGUGACAACAAUAAGUCUAAAAAGUUAAGAGCUCUCCAAUGUUUGAUGAGCAUAGUCGACACAGAUACCGCAAUAAAGGUCGCUAACCGCGAAAGAGAUGCUUUGUGGUUAUCCCUCUUGGAACUGCUCAGCGUGGUUAACUUGGAGAGUAUAGACAUGCCAUGGAUUGCAGCCACAUUUAUGCAUGACAAAAUUCGUGGUCUAGAACAGCUUUUGCAAGCGACUGAAGGAAAUGCAGAUGGUUUGAAGACAGCCACAGAACUUGCAUGCAAAUUUGGGUCACCGCAUAUAAUCCGCAGUCUUAUCCCACUUCUAUUACGCGCUGGAUUGUAUGAAGAUAUGAUUCCAUUAUUAUUGAAACUAACAUCACAGCUUGAUACCGUGAUAAUCACUGCAUGGCGAGCUGUUAUAUUAUCACCAUUCCAACGUGCAGACUAUCCAAUAACAGAACGCCAGAGAAUAAAAUGUUUAAAUGCUAUUAAUCUUUUGCCUAUUUGUCCUAUCAUAAAAGAUGAAGAUUUAGUUGAAAUUUGGAAAAACUGCGUAAGAUGUAAAGUUCUCGGUCUUGGCUGCUUAGUUCUACCCUACAUGACCACUCAAACAAGGCAAUCACUUAAAGAAUUACAAAAAAUUGAUAGAAGAAAUCUUAUAGCUAGUUUGAAAAAUUUGCAUGCUGACACAUACCUCGUAUCUGGUGCAAUGCAUGUUAUCGAAAGAAUGGCAUCAAGAGGAUACCGAUGAAAUUAAGAAUAAAAUAGUUCCAAGUUACAUUUUGGUUGCGAAUACAUGUCGCCCCUAACAAAAUUCACUCUUAUUAUAUUUAUUAACGCUUAUUUAAACUAAAAGGUUGUGCUGAAUAAGACUUGGAAAUCAUUUUAUUGUUCCUUUAUUAAAGGCUCAUCCAAAGAUGUUAUACUGAUGCAUACACAUAAUGCAUCUAACAAUAGAUAUUAACAAUAUUGCACAUCCAACUAGUAAACAUACAUACACACAUCAAUUAUUUGAAGAAGUAAAUGACUUUCUUAAAUCUUCAACUAAACCUUUACACUUUUCAUGAUGUAACCUAUAUGUAACAUUGAGUUUUAAAUAAAAAUCUAUUUAGGUUGUUUUUUGUUUACAGAACCUUAUUUUUAGGUAUUUUAUUUUAAUAC